UCCUUCUGCAACUUCACAGCAGCAGCGUAUCUCUUCCAUACGAAGAAUUCCUGAACCUCAUCUUCUACUUCUCUUCUUCGAAGAUCGUCAAAGCAGGGAAAGUAGCCAAGACUGAACUGCCCGCGCGACUUGCACAUCACCGUUGCACAAAGGCCAACACCAUGUCUUCGUGCAGCCUCAAGCGAUCUGCAAAGAAAGCUACAAUGACUGCUUCAGAGGGAGUUCCUGCUGCCCACCCAAGCCUUCCAGACGUGGAAUCGCAAAACCAACGAGUUGUUCUUACCGAAUUCACCCUCUUCCCAGAGCUUGCCUCGAAAUUCGUCUCAUGAUCUGGGCAUUUGCCUCUCCGGAACCUGCCUUUGUGGCUCAAGUCAAGAGCCGAAAGGUUGGUCGCCGUUAUCACCAACUUCGUGAGAUCCCGGCUGUCUUGCACACCUGUCGAGAGUCUCGUAAUGAGUUCCUGGAGACGGAUGACCCAAACGAUAUCUCUCUACAACGAAGACGCCUUGCGCACCCCGUGUACAAGCUACACUUCCGAGAGGGUUCCACCAGAAAUGGGCUCAGGGGCCGUUUCAUGUCGUCGGAUACUGAUACAUUCUGGCCACUUGAAAUUGACACUAUCGGGCAUGCGUUUGCAAACCACUUUGUCAAUCCUAGCUUAUCUCCUGUCUUGAGGCAUCUGACAAUCACUCGCUGCUCCCUCGACGAGUGGGAACUGAAAUCUCUGAUCGACAAAGUUCCUACACUGGGAACCUUGACGUUUGCACUAAGCGCCUCCUAUUACUCACGUUUUGGUUCUCUUCUACCUGAGAUCAAUGGUGAACUUAAUAUUAACGGCUUUCCGACUGUGUGGCAAAAUCACCUCCAGAGCUAUCGAAGCAAAUUCAAUACCCUAUUGAAGAAGAUGGCUCCCAAGUAUCCUAAGUUGAAUACACUCAAGGUUAAGUGGAGAUUUCAGGAUCAGAUUAUCGCAAAUGAGGGCAUCAAGUUGCUUCCGCCACCAGAGGAGGAUCCAUUCAAGGAGUUGGAUCGGGAGAUGAAUCGCAUUAGUCGUCGCAAGAUUAAGGAGAAGAGAGAGAGAAAACAAGCCAAAGACAGGUCCUCACUUUGAGGUCGAGGAAUGAUCUUGUGUUCUCAAAAUGUGGUGGUGAAGAGGAGUGCCAAAUCUGGUGGCUACUCGUUGCUUUUCCUUUCUUUUGCGGAAGUUUGAUGCGGGGAUCUUCUUUCUAUUAAAGCCUUUAUUGACACGGUUUCCUAAGUGGUACAUAAAUUGAUCCUACCUCCAGGAGAGGUGGAUGGUAACGGCGAGCGUUGCUUUGAAAUUUUCUUGAGUAGAGCAUUCAAGUCAAAUUACGGGGGCUUUGAUGAAGCAAACAACGAACUUUAA